UAAACGUCUCCAAGACCAGCUGGUGGCCCGCGUGUUGGUGCCGUGUUGAUGACUGAGCGCACACGGUCAAUGUAUGCGACGGCGGCGCGCCGAGGCAAGCCGAGCGAGAGGCAGAAAAGUGGUGCAGACGAAGCCUUAUGGUAAUAACGACAUAGCGCUGACAACUCCUGGGGGUUUAGUGGUCGCCGGAGGAUCCGAAACGGCUCAACCAGAAAUAUUGUGUAAAUGGGUUGGCUGCCGCAAGGUCCCAGGAAGUCCGGGCAGAAAGACCAGAAAGAACUCGACUCCUGAAAGCUGCGAUUGUCGGAGCUGCUGGCCAGCCAGGGUCCGUCAUGUCGUGCUUUGUCCCCACAGGGCUAAUCAGGUCCCGAAGCUUCCCCGGAAAUCCAGAGGUGGGCCAUUUGGCCGACUCCAUACAGCAAUUGGAACAGCAGGUCAUCCAUGUCCGAGCCCCACCUCCCGCCCCCCAAGGGCCCCAACCCGAAAAACAGCUUAAGCUCUUCGCACCACUCUGGAGUGCACUGUCACUCGUCGACGGUCCCUCCACACCACCAUGUCGGCGACUCCUAUGGACAUCGACGCCGGGUCAUCCCCGGCGCCGGCAGAAGCUCCCCAGUUGAACAUCACAAGGACCUUGGGGAACAAUGUCAGCACCACCUCUGCCGUCAGCGAGGUCAUUGCCAAUUUCAGGCCAACCAAGCUCUUCAAGAGGGACGAGUCCAAAGAUGGGAAACCGCCGUCAUACAUCCUCUCAAUCGACUACGAUGACCCGGGCGAGCUGUGCAUGACAUCCGAGAGCGACGAGACCAUCCAAAUCUACAAUGUCAAAGAGGGCCGCCAUGACAAGACCCUCUUGAGCAAGAAGUAUGGUGUCAAAUUGGCCAGGUUCACGCAUGCAAGCUCGAGUAUCAUAUACGCAAGCACAAAGCAGAACGAUGCCAUCCGCUACCUAGCGACGCACGACAACUCAUUCAUCCGAUACUUCGAGGGCCACGAGGGCCCGGUAACCGCCCUGACGAUGCACCCCGGUGCCGACAACUUCAUUUCGUGCGGGCGCGACAACACCGUGCGACUGUGGGACAUGAACACCAAGUUCUGGACAGCGCAGAUCAACCUCCGCACUCCCUACCUCGCCGCCUACGAUCCAUCCGGGCAAGUCUUCGCAGUCGCAUCAUCUUCUAGUGGAAGCAUCCUGCUAUAUGACCAUCGCAACUAUGUCAAGCCCUUUAAUGUCUUCGACAUUGUCGACAAGUGCCACCCGGUUGACACACACUAUACCAUGCAGGGCUGGACCAAGCUCGAGUUCUCCAACGACGGGAAGCACAUCCUGCUGGGAGCCAACGGGAAGGGCCAUUUCUUGCUCGACGCGUUCACAUGCGAGCUCAAGGCCUACUUGCGCAAGCCUGAGGGUGGCACUAGGAGGGCUGCCCCUGGUGAGGCGAACCUGCGAGGUCCUCCCUCAGAGAACCCAACCAAUCUGGAGAGCAGUGGCGAGUGUUGCUUCACACCCGAUGGCAGGUAUGUCUUGAGCGGCUCGAAGAAGGAUGUCUUGGUGUGGGACGUCUUGGGAACGACCACCGAGAAGAAGGUGCUAGAACCAAGUUACGUUCUCGAGGACAAGAAGGAAGCUGCAGUCUUGGCUUACAACCCACGGUUUAAUUUCUUUGCCACAGCAGACCAGCAAUUGGAGUUCUGGCUGCCAGACCCCCAUGCUUGAACCACGAACAAGAGCGGUUAAUUAUGAGGCUGUGCCAGAGGAGUUGGGGUGACCACUUAGUUGUACCUGUAUUUUUGUAUAUGAUACCCUUUGCAUGGGGACGGGCGUCUCACGGCAUUAACAAAGCAUAGAUCCUCCCGGAGGAAGAAUGAAAGAUUAUCUUGCUUCCAUCCUGUAUCGGAAUUACCAUCAUUUAACCUCA